GUAUGCACGGACUGACAGCAAAGGGAGGAAGGGACAGGAUGGUGAGCAGGAGACACGCACACAGGUCUGAGUGAGAGGACUGAGAGAGAUGGCAAAGUUAACCAAGCCUGCAGAUUGCUACCUCUUGUUCCUCCUCCUCCUCCUCCUUUGUCCUUCUCCUCCUCCUUGUUAGUUCAAAGGCGUCGUCCGUGAAUGGUGAGGGAGAGCAGGGAGAGGAGGGUGAGGGUAUUAAAGUGUUCAGUCUACAGAGGGAGGCGACGAAGGCGACGGCAGACGAUGUGUUCUUACGGUUCAACUUUUCCCGCGACGCCAGAACCAUUGAUGCCUUGACUCUGUGCUACUGGGUCAGAUUCGUCGUAUUUGUGGAGAAUAACGUACACUUCUCCUACAUUACCUUCCGUGACAGCAUUACCGUAGGUCACCGAGAGGAUGAUUUCUUCCUGUGGUCCUUUGACAGCGUGGCGGAGGGGCCGCUGCCUGGCGUGGUGGUGCCCGAGGUGUGGUAUCACGCCUGCCACCUCUUCGACGCCCAGAGCUACACCUUCUACUGGCAGGGCAAGGCAAGUCCCCCCCCUGACACUCAGCACAGCCAUCCUCCUUCCAUCCUCAACACUCACGGGCAGAACGAGGCGCCUUCCUUUGCCUCCUCCUCUCCCGUCACCAUUACAGUGUUUAUUUCCCUCCACUAUCAUCACUCUAGUUAUUUCAUACUUGAUACUCACUACUCGUCCUCCAGCAGCGGCGAGCACGUUGAUGCCUUGGAGUGUCAUGCCUGUCCCCCCCACAGGAGGAGUACCGCGGCAAGCCGCACGGCAGGUGGCCUUUCCUCAUGAACGGCACGGUGAUCCUGGGCCAGGAGCAGGAUGACGUGAGCAGCAACUUCGACGCUACACAGGUGAUGCGCGGGGACAUCACGCAGGUGUACAUGUGGGACCGCCUGCUGGAGCCUGCCGCCGUGCGCCGCCUAGCCUCCUGCGGCACACCCCAUACCCAGGACGUGCUCUUCUCCACGGACACCUCGCAGGUGGAGCUGUUCGGCAGCGUGGAGAGCCGGCUGCCGCCCUCCAGCCUCUGCAGGGACCAGCCCUUCUACGCCAUCCUGCCGGAGGAGAGGAGUCUGCAGGCGUCCUUGGCGGUGUGCCAGGUGAUGGACGGCAGCCUGGCUCUGCCCACCUCCGACAUCGAGAACGCGCGUCUCACGCAGCAGCUGGCGCCCUUCAGCGACAUGUGCGUGCCCACGUCGACGUGGAAGCUGUGGCUGGGCACGCGGCUCACGGCGGCAGGGUGGAGCACAAUCCCAGCCGGUGCGCAACUCGCCUACCACAACUUCCGGCCCGCCAGUAACAUCAACAACUCCGUGUUAGGUUGCGCCGAGCUGCGCCUCGACGGUUACUGGGAGCCGGACUACUGCAAGUCCAAGCGCUGCACCGCCUGCAGCUUUGAGCGCACCAGCUUCCUCCACUUCCGUGGACUGUGUUUUGACAAGGAGCUGGAGGCCAGGUUCAGGGUGGUGGGGUCGCCCGAACGGCGGCCUGUGUUCUGGAGUCACCAGGGUCUGCUGAUUGCCUGGCGCGACAGUCUCGGCAGGUGGCAGAUGGAGGACCCGAACAUAAACGCCACAUUACUAUGGAGACUCGGGGUGGGCAGCAACUAUCCGCUGGGGCGGCAGCUGUGGCGCCUUGAGCGGGAGAUGUGCGGCCAGCCCGCGGGCCACAAGCUGCACGCCAGCCUGUCCCGCUGUGCCGCUGAGGAAUUCACGUGCUCCACCGGGGAGUGCAUCGCGCCGCACCUGCGCUGCAACUUCCACUACGACUGCCCGGACCGCAGCGACGAGGCGAGCUGCGCCGUGGUGGAGGCGAGCAACGACGCACUGCUCAAGCAGGUUCCGCCGCCGCCGCUGGAGUCCUCGGAGGACGCCACCCUGCAGCUGGAGUCGUCCAUAACUCUGACGCGCGUUGCGGCCGUGGACGACCUCAACAUGGCCAUCACUCUGGAGUUCCAGCUGACCCUGAUGUGGAGCGACCAUCGGGUCAACUUCCGGCACCUCCGGGCGAUAGGGCAGGGAGUGAUGCUGGCUGAGGAAGACUCUGGGCGGCUGUGGCGGCCGCUGCUGCGGGUCGCCAACCUGGACGGCGGCAAGCUGGAGGAGCUGGGGCGGCGCUUCCUGGCACAGGCCGUCGCCCCGCCAACGCACCCGACCUUCAAUGACGUCAACAUAGGUAAGUUCUUUAGGAACACUGAACACUGUAACCCUCACACUCGCCACAGUAGGAAGGCGAGAGGGCGUCCCGCUGCCUUGCCUGCACUGCUGCCUGUGUCUCCUUCUCCCCCAGACCCGGUGUUCGAGGGCAGGCACGUGCGUCUGCACCUGACGCAACGGUUCCUGGCGCGGGUGGCCUGCUACCUGGAGCUGUACUCGUACCCUUUCGACCAGCAGCGGUGCGCCGUGGAGGUGCAGCUGGCGCCGGAGUCUGGCGGCGAGGCGGCGGUGCGGUUCUCCCCCAGAACGGAGGUGAGCUACACGGGGCCAGAGACGCUGGCCAUGUACACGGUGAAGCACGUGGACCGCGUGGACGCCACCGAGAACAGCCUGAGGGUGGAGUUUGAGCUGCACCGGCGGCAGGGCGUCAUCAUGCUAUCCACCUUCCUGCCGUCGGGGCUGCUGCUACUGGUGAGCUGGGCCACGCUGUUCGUGCAGGUGACGGCACUCAACGUGCGCGCCAUCAUGUCCCUCACCACACUGCUGGUGCUGUACACGCUCUUCGCCAACAUGUCCAGGUCGCUGCCCGCCACCGCCUCCAUCAAGCUCAUCGACGUGUGGUUCUUCUUCAUCAUCUUCCUGCUCUUCACCAAUAUCGUGGUGCACAUCUGCGUGCGUCCCACCACUCCGCCCAGCACGGAGGUGAAGGUGUUUGCGUCCACGCAGCCCCAACCCGACACCAGGAUGCCCGAGGCGCCGAGACUCCUGCGCUGGUACCGGCUGGUCAUCCUGCCCGUGCUGGUGGUGCUGUUCAACCUCAUGUUCUGGCUGGUGGUGCUCACCCAGUGACGCAAACCCACGGAAAAACAGCUCCUCCCUCCCCCACCUCCUCUCUCUCUCUCUCUCUCUCUCUCUCUCUCUCUCUCUCUCUCUCUCUCUCUCUCUCUCUCUCUCUCUCUCUCUCUCUCUCUCUCUCUCGUGUAAAAUCUCUGCUUACUGUCCUCGUGACCACUGGCUGUCCUCGUGACCACUGUAUGUCAUAAGUAUGUGAAACAAGUACAAGUUUUGUGUCUCA